AUGCGUUCAGGACGUAAUCGAGUCGAAGAAGCGUCAGAAGAGGAGGAACCGCAAGAAGAGGAAGGAGGAGAGGCUAUGGACGUGGAUGAGGAGGAUAAUGCUGACAGUGAGGUUACUCACAAAGCCAACGACCUCGUUCGUCUCGCGCUUUUCAUGGAGCACAAACGUGCUGUUUUGCGUCGUGACGAUAUCAACAAGAAAGUGCUGGGUCCGAAUGCACGCUCAUUCAACCGCGUGUUCGAACUCGCGCAAAAAAAGCUACGAGAAGUGUUCGGGAUGGAACUAGUUGAGCUUCCAACGCGUGCAGGCCUGGAGAAGGAUGGCAACGAGGAAGGUGCUGACGAGCCUCGUCUGGAGACUGGUCUCAAAAAGAAAGCAAACGCGCUCGGUUCCAAGAGCUACAUCAUCCGGUCCUGCCUGGAUCCUGCUCUCAUUGAGCUUGCUGCUCAGACGGACGAAGAUGUCCUGGCAGAAGAGGCAGGCGACCAGGGCACGCUCUACCCCUCCGCUCUGUCAGACGACGAAGGCGAUGGUGGUGACGACGAAGAUGGACCACCAAAAUUCUAUGGCAGCUUGAUAGCCUGGAGCAGGGCCGACCAAUUGGGCUCUACUGGGAUAUUAUACGUGAUUUUGGCUUUGUUGCUCGCGAAUGGGAGGGUUAUGAGCGAUAUGGACCUCCGGCGCCACCUGAAGACUCUCCACCUCUCCAGCAACCCAGCCUCCCAUCCUGUCAAGUUCAACGCGUCCGCAACCGUCCGUGCACUCACCCUCGAUACCUACCUCUCCACCCUCCUUCGGCAAGGCUACCUCGACAGACAACAAAUCGGCGGCGAGGCCGCGAAGAAAGGGAAGAAAUCCGGCGCGGGGUCGAAGCGCCUGCGCACACAAGCCGAAGAUCUUGAGGAAGGACGGAUGUACGAAUGGCGUUGGGGCGCGAGGGCGUUCUGCGAGGUGGGUGAAGAAGCUGUGGCUAAAUUCAUUGCGCAAUUUAUGGUAGAGAGUGAGGGCGACGGUGAGGAGGAAGGCAGGGAUGCCAGGAGGCAGGAGGAGUUGAUGAAGAAGAUGUAUAAGGGCAUCGAGAAGGCCGCUGGAGGGAAGUUGACAGAGUUGAAGUGA